AUGGCUACACUCGGUGGAUAUCUCAACAAACGAAUUAUCCGAACGCCCGACGAUCCUGAGCCUUCCGCUCAAGUGCCUUUAGGUCUAUACCUCGUCCGUGGCGACAAUGUAUGCUCAAUCGGCCUCGUAGAUGAGGCGCUUGACGACAGCAUCAACUGGACGGAAGUCAAGGGUUCAGCAAUCGGCGGUAUAAAGCACGUAUAG